AAUAAUGUAAUUAUAAUUAUCUGCAAUUUAAUCAGCAAAGUCCAUAGGGCAGCCAAUCCAGUCGGAUGACAUUUGGUAAACACCCGGGAUUCCGGGGACGUUUGUAGAGCUCUUGAAGAACAAACAGUGGUAAAAUGCCACAGAAAGAUCCUUGUCAGAAGCAAGCAUGCGCAAUUCAGAAGUGUUUACAAGCAAACAAGUACAUAGAGAGCAGGUGCGAGGAUGUGAUAAGAGCUAUGCGUAUGUGCUGUGAGCACGCAGGUGAGAACUCCAUCUGCUGCUCAGGGUUCGCUAGGGAACAGAAGUCUUCAGAGCCUAAACGCCCAGGUGCAUCCUGACCUGAUUGUGGACACCGGACAACGGUCUUAUUUGUGAGCUGAUUGUGGACACCGGACAACGGUCUUAUUUGUAAACUGUACAUAAUGACAAUGCUUCAAAUGUAAUAAAGUUGUUUAUAAUGACAGUAAAUGA